GCUCGCACUGUGUUUGACAACAGCCUCAAGACUCUUCCAGCUGCUCAGCAGGGGCACUCCUGUUGCUCCUGGGAGGAUGCACGCAGCUGGAAUGCCUGCCCACAGCGGUUGAAGAUGGGCCGGCCCUUGUUGCAGGGGAAGCGACACUGCUGGAUGGUGUCCACGGGAGCCCUUCCUGCGGGAAGCGGAUUAACUCACCCAAGGAAGCCCUGAGCAGAAGCCUCAAAGGAUGGAAGAAUCCUCACCAAAUCCACAAGCAAAGAACAAGAUUGAGCAGGAGCACCUCAUAUUCUGGCUCACUCAUCCUCUCUCAGUCUUCAUCAUUUUGGCCAACAUCUUCAUCAUCCUUGGGAUCCUCUUCAACCGCAAGCUCCAUGGUACCACCAGCUGGUUCUUUCUGAGCCUCCUGUUUGCCGAUCUUCUGGCUGGAGCAGCCCUGCCGUUUAUUCCUGAGCUGACCCUUCACAAGGAGCUAAGCAAGCACCUUUGCUUCUUCAAAUAUGUGGUGCCCAACUUCCUUUUCCUGUCCUUCUUAGCCAACCUGCUGGUGAUGCACUAUGCCAAGUACGCGUGCAUCGUCCGCCCGCUGCACUACCGUCAGGCCUGGGUGCAUCGCUGGCCUGCCCUCUACAUUUUCCUAGCUUGGACCACACCCCUGAUCUUUGCUUCCCUCCCACUGACCUGGUACACGUGGGGCUCCACAGUCAACUGCUCCUACAGCGUAGUCCUUCCUAAGCCUUACCUCUACAUAGAGACCUAUGGGUUCCUCAUCCCCGCCAUCCUUGCCAUGGCCUUCAUGUGCACCCAGAUGCUCUGUGUCGCCCGGAGGCAGCUGAACAACAUCACAAAACUCCUUCAUUCUGUGAAUCAAGGCCAGGCCCCCUCAGAACUGGAGCAGCGGCUGGAACUGAGGAACGCGAAAAGCAUUGCCAGCAUGUCCCUCAUCUUCCUGGCCUGCUGGGUGCCAUACAUGGUUUGCUUGAACAUUUCACUAGUAUCUAUAGACCACAGCAUCAGUCCCCCUGUUCUCACUAUCGUUACCUGCAUAGGCACUGGCAGCGCAGCUGCAGUGCCCAUCAUCCUCAGUUGCAUCAGCUCCCAGUACACACUAUUUUGGAGGGACAUGGCAUCCAAAGCCUGGCAGAGCUGCUGCAAAGGGCAGGGGUGCAAGGAAGAUCAAGCGGACCCAAAGGCUAAUCUGCCGCAUGGAAAUCUUUGCACCACAGACGUUGACCUAAAUGGGGUCCCAACCUGAAGCCUUCCUAGCAUGGUGUCAUCAAAUCAGCCCCAGCAGUCAGUAAAGACACCAUCCAAAGCUAAGAGCCAGCAGUUUAAUGCAGACCUUUGAAAGGGAGCAUGAUGCCAAUAACAUGUUUCCUUCCAAUACAUCCAUGGGUCUCUGAGGGACCACUUUCUAGUGAGGGGCAGGGCUGGAAGCAAAAGGGGUGCAAGCCAACAUUCCAGCCUAUUUUAGCUUCAAGCUCCUACUGCCAGUAAUUCAACCACAGGAGAAGCAUUUCAGAAACCAAGCAGAAAAUGCAGAUUAAAAAGCACUGCAGGCCAAAGACGACGACACACAAGACUGCUUGCCUCUGAAGUCAGCAAUCUGCAGGGCCAGUCACUGAAUACUAAAAUGCUGCAAACUAUUCAGAAAAGGCUUUGGCGGGGCAAACACUGUUCAGGCCCUGCUAUCUCAGACGUGCUUUGGAAAAGCUGGAACUGGAAGAGGUUUAAAGAAGUGCUAUGGAAAACAAUGAGGGGUAUAGAACAAUGGCCUGAAAAACUUUGAUCUCUUGAAACGUAAUCGUUAAUACUAGUUUCUCUAAAACUCACUUAGCAGAAACUUUUCAGCCUUUAUCAUGGGGAAAAUAGCAUGCAAAGGAUGGGAAGCUAGCAAAUGAGGAGUGCUCCAGGGGAGAGGGGUGGCCAUCUGGUUAAGUCCAGUUGGCCAAGUUCGGGCUCCCACCAGGGCAGAUUUGACUUGUGAACCAGAGGUUCAACACUUCUCUGUUCACUGCAGCAGCCAAACUUAUACUUCUGUGCUGGUCACACCAAUUUGCUAGAAAGCAAGGAGAGGCUAUUUAAAAUGCAAUGUGGCUACCCAGGAAAACACUGAACACUUUCCCAUCCCAUGUUGUCUCCAGAAAAUGCUUCUUUUUGUCCACUGGAGCUUUGAAAAGAAGAAAACUGGCUGGGGAAAAACACACCAGGGCUAGGCAAAGGAAUUAGGGAACCCAGAAAGCUGAGGUUCCAACAGACUGGGGCCUUCCAUCCCACAUCCCACUCUAAGCCACUACCACUGUGGAUCCCUUUAUGUGACUGAUCUUAUUUUAUGUGGCUUUCUUUGGAACUUGGGAAGAAAUUCACUGGGCAAUUGUUUUGAGUUCUUUUGUAACCACCUCAGAAAAUUCCAGAUUAUCUUUCAGCUACA